AUGAAAGUAAUAAAUGAAAGUAAUAAUAACAUAUUAAGCCCUGAUGGCCAAAUUAUAAAUGAUAUACUAAAAGAGAACUUUCAAUGUGAUAAAGAAGGAAGACUUGCACGUAUACUCUCUGAAUUUUCUACUGUUCAAGAUUGCCUACGAAAUGAAGGUAUUUUUUUUACUCUUGUAAUAUUCGGUUCCUCUAGAGCUGUAAGUUAUGAAACAUAUGAAUCGAAUAAAAUAAAAUAUGAAAAUCAGUUAAAAGAAUUUAAUGAAAAAGAAAAAGACAAUAUUCCAUUAUCUGACACAGAAAUAAAACAAUAUGAACAAGUAAAAAAGGAUUUAGAUAGAUUACAAAAAUUAAAAUGGUCGAUAAAAUAUUAUUCACAAGUAUCUGAACUUUCUAAAAAGUUAACUUUAUUUUUUGAAACACAAGAAGGACAAGAAGUAGUGAGAAAUAUGUCAUCGCAAUUACCAAAAAAUCAUCACAUUUUCAAAAAUAAAAAUUUUGAAACAGAAGAAAAUGGAGAAAUAAAGGAAUCAAAUAAGAUUCAUGUAGCUGUAUGUACAGGAGGAGGACCUGGAUUUAUGGAAGCAGCAAAUAAGGGCAGUAAAGAAGCUAAUGGAAAGUCAUUAGGAUUUUCAAUUUCAUUGCCAUUUGAAAAAGGAGCAAAUCCAUAUGUUGAUGAUAAAUUAUCUUUUAAAUUCCAUUAUUUUUUUACAAGAAAGUUUUGGCUAGUUUAUUUAUCUCUAGCAUUUAUUAUAAUGCCAGGAGGAUUCGGAACUUUAGAUGAACUAAUGGAAAUUCUUACAUUAAAACAAUGUAAAAGAUUUAAAAGACAUGUACCAAUCAUAUUAUUUGGAAAACAUUUUUGGACAUCUAUUUUAAAUUUUGAUAUGCUAGUUGAAUAUGGAUUAGUAUCUAAAGACGAUGUAGAUAGUCUAUUUAUUACAGAUUCGAUUGAAGAAGCAUAUGAAUGUGUUAUAAAUUUUUUGAAAAAUUCAAAUUCUACACCCCCCAAUGAGAUUAAAGAUUCUAGCUAA